AUGGGCGCUUCCCACCACCGUUUCCCCACGGGUCCCCCCAAGCCCCCGGUGGCUCACCUACCUCGCAUCUACGGAAUCACCGCGACGGCUCUGGGUGCUGGCAUGUGGUUCUGGGUCAUGUACCGUGCCAAGAAGGAAGGUGCGGUCCUCCUGGGUCUGAAGCACCCUUGGGAUCACUAA